GAGAAAUUUUAAUCAUAAGCGAGAAUAUACAUUUUCCACAAUGCACUGGCAUCACAAUGAAGUUAUCGAUCUUGCUUUCUCUGUAGAAGGCACUAGCCUCCUGAGUGGCGGGAUUGAAUCAGUGCUGGUUCAGUGGCGAGAUGGGUCAGAUGCUAAAAAGGAAUUCUUGCCACGUUUAGGAGCUACGAUACAGCACAUCUCUGUCUCACCUGAUGGAACUCUUCUUUGUACUUCACAUUCCGAUAACAAGAUAGUAAUCAUACAUAGCAACUUGAAAGUUUCUGCAGUAAUCCAAGGAUUAAUCAAAGGCAGUGAUGUCAAGACUGGCUUGAUAGUUGAUCCAAGAACGAAAGCUUUAGUUCUAAACGGCAAGCCUGGACAUCUGCAGUUCUACUCACUGCAAAAUGAUAAACUAUUGUACAAUCUGGAUGUUGUGCAGCAGGAGUAUAUUCAUCAGUCCGGUCUUGACCAGAUUGAGUUAGUGAAAGCUGUGUUUGAUGCCAAAGGCGACUGGCUGGCUACCGUGGAACAGCGGCAAGGAAGUGACAGCGAGCUUGAGAUGCAGCUGAAGCUCUGGGCCUACAAUGAGCAGACACAAAGCUUUACUCUAAACACACGAAUAAAUAUGCCACACGAGGACAGCAUAACAGCGAUGUGUUUCCGUGGCACAGAUGGUUCUGAAAAUGAAACCCCAGUUCUGGUAACAACCAGCAAUGAUGGGCAUUUCAAGGUCUGGAUGCUGCUGGUGGAUAAAGACAAUGAAAAUGAAAGCAUAACUUGGACCUGUGAUUUUGUAGGAAGUUAUCAUAAUUAUCAAGCUACGCAUUGCUGCUUCUCUGAAGAUGGCUCUUUACUUGCGGUUAGCUUUGACAAAACAAUCACCGUGUGGGAUUCUGAAACGUGGGACUUAAAAUGCACUUUCUGCCAUCCUCCAGGAACUAUAAUGAGCCUGUGUUUUGGAAAGCUCAUUUGUUCCAAAUAUCUCCUUGGCACCACCAGCAGUGGUUUUUUGUGCUGCUGGAACCUGCUGAAUUGUUCAUUGGAAUGGAGUGCCCAGUUACAUGUCAACAUUCUUCAGCCUGAUCAUCUGUCUGAGAACAUAGCCGCAAUUUCUCAGCACUCAGAAUAUUCAGAUGUGUUUGUGUUCAAGCCCAGCGAACCAAAGCCCUUGUGUAUCCAAAGAAAUGUCUGCAGAGGGAAAGUCCAGUGGGCUGUCUUUGUUCCAAGAGAGGUGCCUGAAUGUAUUACCUCCGAAAAAUAUCAGUGGCUUAGCCAAUCGCAGUUUUAUUUUCUGACCGAAACACACGAAUUAAUGACUUUUAGCACAAAGACCCCAGAAGAGAGACUUACGCCUUCCAGUAGACAGUUAGCAGUUGAGGAGAGCAUCUCCAUGACUCCUUUUUACCUGUUAUUGGGGAAGCAUCGGCAGCAAAUGAAAGAGGGAAUGGAUAUUGGGAAGGUUCCUGUGCAGAACCUGUUAGGUCAAGAAUCACCUGCUGUUAAAGAACUGCUUCAUACUCCAGCACAUGUACUACCUUCAGCUUCUUUCUUAUGUCCUCUUUUUAUUCACUCUUUGCUGGUGCCUCGAACAAG